UUCUAGAUGGGGAGAACCUGUACCCGUCCACGGCCCUACUCGCGGAGGGUUGAGCCCGAACAGAACGGAGCUUGUUUCAUUAGCAAGUAAAUUCCCAAAGUUAUUCUCCGACGCAACGCGAUCUGCUAAUUAAUCUGCUGUUGGUAACUAAUCCACUCCCCUCAAAAUCGACCUCAUUUUUCUUCAAUUUAUCAAAAGCAAACCUGGCUUCAGCUAUCUGGAAACGCCUAUUCCCACCGCAAACCCGAAGACCCGCCCCAGUCAUCCCCGAUAUCAGGAUAAAUCGCCGCUUUAAUCCCGGAAUGGAUGUUAACGUAUUCAAAUUAUGCUCUGGUCUCAAGGUUCUCGGCUACUUGAUGAUCCUUCUCGUCGCCGGCAUUAUCACCGUCUCCUACUAUGCCGUCGUGGUUAUUACCUGGGGCCCGCAGUUGCUUCGCGGUGGUGUCCACUCUCUUUCGGCUAUCUUGAUGGUUAUAGUGUUUCAUAUUCUGCUCGGACUUUUAUUGUGGAGCUAUUUUAGAGUAGUAUUGAAGGACCCUGGUUCAGUCCCUGAGAAUUGGAGGCCAGAGCGGUUGGAGGAGAAUUUGGAGGGAGGUAGCUGUAUCAAUGAGUCGGAUUUUAGAGCACCUGAGAAUUUGGGUUCUACAUGGUCUGCGCCUGCUGGGUUGGAUAGGGGACCACAUGUGGGCUAUUGCAAUCACUGCCAGAACGGCAAACCGCCGCGUUGCCAUCAUUGCUCUGUUUGCCAAAGAUGUGUUCUGAAGAUGGAUCACCAUUGUGUUUGGGUGGUCAAUUGCGUUGGAGCCCGUAACUACAAGUUUUUUCUUCUUUUCUUGCUAUACACAUUUUUGGAGACAACAAUGAAUACUCUAGUAUUAUUGCCUGGUUUUAUCAAGUUCUUUGAUGAAGCCAAAAAUCAUUCCAGCUCCCCUGGCAAUCUAGCAGUAACUUUUUUGGCCUUUGUUCUUAAUUUGGCUUUUGCUCUCAGUCUUCUUUGUUUCAUAUUUAUGCAUGCAUCUCUUCUGUCAAGCAACACCACCUCUGUAGAGGUUUAUGAGAAGAAAGGAGCAGCUAGGUGGAAGUAUGACUUAGGCAGGAAGCAGAAUUUUGAACAGGUUUUUGGCAGAAAGAAGGCAUUAUGGUUUGUUCCACUGUUCUCCAAGGAUGAUUUAGACAGCAUACCUGCUCUUCAUGGCCUAGAUUUCCCAACACGCUCUGAUGUUGAAGCAUAAGGCUUGGUGAGCAUGCAAAGCUUCCUCAUUUUCACAUUUUUUUGGCUAUGUAUCCUUAGCAAAUUCUUUUACUAGUUGGUCUCAAAGUGUUCUCUCAAUCUGCUAGAUUCAGAUAUUUCAAAGCAUUGAUUGUGAAAGAAAGCGUUAGAAAUUUUGAUGUAGACAGCUUUGUAAAUUGGAUAUAUAUGAUUUCUGUGGGGGCAUCACAACAGGAGACAAAUAGAGGUUGUAAUUUUCAAAACAAAGCUUGCAUUGAUGUGACAUUGCAAAAUUUACGUGUAUGCACUUUUCCUUUUGGAUGAAUGUAAGAUUAUUAAGAUCU